GAAAAAAUACAAUGUGUGACAGUCAGUGCCAUACACAGGGCCGCACAGACAUGACGGCGUUGAGGCGCAGAGGGAGAGGAGGCAUCACUUCUUCAAUCACACACAUACAUGGACUCAACAUGAAGGAUUCCCUCCUGAAACACUGACCAUGGUCAAACAAACGGGACUAAUUCAGGCUCAUAUUCAGUGUGUGGGACGUCAGCAGAGACUCUAUGAAGCUGGAAACCAGAUCAGCCUGUUUUGUCUGUUCUCGGAUUCACAAACAGGAGGAUGGAUCGUGGAGGACGUCCAGAAACGAGAACAACUGAGACGCGCGUGAAGGAUGGCGUGACACAAUGACGGCCGACAUGGUUGCGUCCGCGCCGAAUCUCACAAGCGCCCCGUGGGAGCGCGGGCCCACGGUUCCCGCCGACGUCGGCGUCGUCACGAGCUCCCAGUCUCAGGUCAAAGACCUGUUGGGGCUGUUCUGCAUGGUGACGCUGAACCUGACGGCGCUGCUGGCCAACGCCGGCGUGAUGGCGGCCAUCGCCCGCGCGCCGCACCUCAAGCGCUUCGCCUUCGUGGGCCACCUGUGCGCCGUGGACCUGCUGUGCGCCGUCCUCCUCAUGCCGCUGGGCAUCGUGUGCAGCUCGCCGUUCUUCGGCACCGUGGCGUUCACGGUGCUGGAGUGUCAGGUCUACAUCUUCCUCAACGUGUUCCUCAUCUGCCUGUCCGUCCUCACCGUCACCGCCAUCAGCGUGGAGCGCUACUUCUACAUCGUGCACCCCAUGCGCUACGAGGUCAAGAUGACCAUCAACCUGGCUAUCGGCGUCAUGUUCCUCAUCUGGGUCAAGUCCCUCCUCCUGGCUCUGGUCACGCUCUUCGGCUGGCCGGCCUACGGGCACCAGAGCUCCAUAGCCGCCGCCCACUGCUCGCUGCACGCCAGCCACAGUCGCCUGCGGGGGCCGUUCGCCGUGCUCUUCAGCGCCGCCUGCUUCCUGGUGCCCACGGCGGUCAUCUUCGCCGUCUACUGCGGCGUUUACAAGGUGGCGCGCUCCGCGGCCCUGCAGCAGGUCCCCGCCGCGCCGGCGUGGGCCAGCGCCGGCCCGGCCAAGGACCGCUCCGACUCCGUCCACAGCCGGACCACCAUGAUCGCCGGCGGCCGCCAGACGCCCCAGAGGCUGUCCCCAGAGAGGGCCUUCAGCGGGGGCAAGGCCGCGCUCACCCUGGUCUUCAUCGUGGGCCAGUUCCUGGUGUGCUGGCUGCCCUACUUCAUCUUCCACCUGCAGAUGUCCCUCACGGGCUCCAUGCAGAGCCCCGGGGACCUGGAGGAGGCGGUCACCUGGCUGGCCUACUCCUCCUUCGCCGUGAACCCCUUCUUCUACGGCCUGUUGAACAGGCAGAUCAGAGACGAGCUGGUCAAGUUCCGGCGCUGCUGCUCGACGCGGCCCGUGGAGAUGGGCGCGUCCAGCCACGAGGGCUCACUGCAGGAGAACUUCCUGCAGUUCAUCCAGAGGACGGGCCACUCGGCGGAGAGCCACUCCGGCAGCGCCAAGGCCAGUCCCAAAAACGCAGCAGAGAAAGGGACCAGGAUCCCUGGACAGAUACCGGAGGCCGACGCAUAGACUGACCAAGACCUCCGUACUAACACAGUGUCUGCUUAGUUCCCGUUUCCAGUUUAAUUCUGUCUUACAAUAUUGCCAAAGAGUGGACUUUGGAUUGUCUCACAUCACUUCAAAUAAAAUCACUUAAAAACGAAA